AUGCGCACCAUCGAUAUCAUCAAGGAGUUUAAACGUGUUGGCCGAAUUAGCGAAUAUGACACGCAGGAAAAGGCUCGGCUCAAGGGAGGCUUGUUGCUGGGGGACAUGCUCGAUCGCUUCCGGAACAUUUCGGUCGGGACCAGCACAGCAGUUCGUAAAAUGCACCUCUAUUCAGCACAUGAUGCGACAAUCACUGCCCUGCUGUACGCGCUGAAUCUCGGCGAUGGCUUAUUGGUACCGUAUGCCGCGUGCCUGUUCAUGGAACUUUAUCGAGCAGGCAAUGAUGAGGCAGUGGUGAAGACGGAUAGAAAAGCUGAAAUUUCGAGUGAAGAAACUGUUGAAUUCAUGGAAACUCAAAAAUUUUUGCAGAUUUUCUACAAGAAUGAAACGGAAAGUGUUCACGAGCUUUCAGUGCCUGAAUGCACCGAGCCGUGCACGCUGGAUCAGUUGAUUAACCUAACGGAAAAAACAACGGUGCAUACACUGAAGGAACUUAAUCAGGUAACACAUAGAUUGAUAAGUGCAACUUAUCAAUGA